AUGGAAUUGGAGAAGAGGUUUAAGGACCUUGACGCCCACUUCCAGCGUUUCAAUGAGGUUGACAAUCGAUUGACUGAGGUUACUCAAACUCUUUCUUCCCUGGGUGAGGUCGUUCGUCAGGUGAUAGCAACUCAGGAUGCAAUCAUGAAGAAGAUCGCAGAUCUGCCCACCUGUCAUUGUAUUGAGUUGGUAGAUGAACCAGGUACUUUGGAUGGGCAGUCAAAGGGAGACACACCGAAGAAAAGGACCAAAUUGGAAAUCGCUGUUCAAUCGGCGUUGGAGGCGGCAAAAGAUGUUCUUCGACCUCCAACACCGCCCCCACCCCCUCCAAUGGCUCCUCCAGUACCAAGAUUAAAUUUAUACUAG